AUGGCACCGCCCCCAGUCAAGACGGACGACGUCGAAGUACCGACCACCGACUACAGUCAAGUGGUGACCCCCACUUCGACUACCAAACUGCCCAACAACUUCAACAAGAAGGACCCCGCCAACGAUGCCAAAGAUGGCGAUGAUCAAGCAUCGGAGACCGCAGACCCUGAACCAAUUGAGACCGUCUCGCUCUCGCAGCUCUACCGGUACGCCACCUCCAUGGACAAGGCCCUGCUUGGUCUGGGCGUGAUCAUGGCCGGCAUCGGCGGGGCACUGUUCCCGUUCAUGGCAAUUGUAUUCGGCAAUGCCAUCAACUCGUUCACUCAGGCGGACGGCGGCGUGGACCUAGACGCCGUGAACACUGCAGCGCUGGACUUCUUCCUCAUCUCCAUCUCGCUCUUCGUGACCGACUACUCGUCGGGGGUGCUCUUCGCCUACACGGCCGAGCGGCAGAUGAAGGAGCUGCGAGCCGAAGUGCUCCGCCACUUGCUGUACCUCGACAUCAGCUGGUACGACAAGACCGACCCACUGCAGCUAUCGAGUCGACUGACGGGCGACACAGUCAAGGUCAAGGACGGCAUGGGCCAGAAGCUCGGAGACGCGGUGCGCUUCACCUGCCAGUUUUUCGCCGGAUACACCAUCGGCUUCGUGCGCGGUUGGGACAUCACGCUCGUCAUGUCCUGCCUGAUGCCCUUCAUGGUCGGUUCCAUGGGCGUCCUGCUCAAUGUCAUGCAGAAGCGAGCGGUGCACGCCCAGCAGAUGUACGCGGAGGCCGGCGCCGUGGCGGAGGAGACGCUCGGCUCCAUCCGCACCGUGUCGUCGCUCAAUGCCGAGAAGCGCGCUAUCACCAAGUACAACGACCGAGCCCAGGCGGCAGAAGAAACCAACAUUCAAGUCGGGAAGCUCUCAGCGAUCGCCUUCGGGUUCUUCAUCGGCUGCGUCUGGUUGAUGUACGCUAUCGGGCUUUGGUAUGGUGGGGCGAAGGUUGCGCGCGCCAAGACUACACCUUCCGACGUGUUUCAGGCGUUCUUCGGACCCAAGGGAGCUGCCGGAAAGAUCUACAAGAUCCUCGACACGCCGUCAGCUAUCGACGCGUCAAAUGAAGACUUUGGAGAUAAACCCGAGUCCUGUGCUGGACGCAUUCAAGCCCUCAACGUCAACUUCACGUACCCGAGUCGCCCCGACGUGCAGAUCCUCAACGACUACAACGUCACCAUUGAACCUGGCCAGACUGUCGCGUUUGUCGGUGCAAGUGGAGAAGGCAAGAGCACUUUGAUCUCGCUACUCGAACGGUUCUACGACCCCAGCAGCGGCUCUAUUCUGCUUGACGGACGCGACAUCAAGACGCUCAACGUCAAGUGGCUGCGCGCGCAGAUCGGACUCGUGUCGCAGGAGCCCGUGCUGUUCGCGACCAGUAUCUUCGAGAACAUCGCGGCUGGCGGAGAGGGGAUCACGCGCGAGCAGGUCAUCGAAGCGGCCAAAUUGGCCAACGCGCACACGUUCAUCAUGUCGUUGCCGGAGCAGUACGACACGCUGGUGGGGGAGAAGGGUGUGUCGCUGUCUGGAGGUCAGAAGCAGCGCGUUGCUAUUGCUCGUGCUAUCGUACGCGAACCGAAGAUCUUGGUAUUGGAUGAGGCGACGAGUGCUUUGGACGCCGAGAGUGAGCGCGUGGUGCAGGCUGCACUGAACGACUUGAUGGACAAGACGCACAUGACGACGUUGGUGAUCGCUCAUCGGCUGAGCACAGUUCGUCGCGCGGACAAGAUUGUUGUGGUGAAUGGUGGCCAUGUCGUGGAAGAAGGACCUCAUGACGAGUUGGUCAGGAUCGACGACGGAGUUUACCGCAAGCUGGCCAAAAUCCAAGAGGAAAAAGACCUCAGCGAGGCUCAAGCUGCAACGACCAGCGAAAAUCACUCUGGACCAAACCACCCGACACUAAAUCGACGACCAAGCAGUCGUUCUGCCUACGACGACGAAGCUGGUCUCAAAGCGUUCGACAUCGCGUCCACGGACGACACAAGUUCCUCGAAGUUUUCAAUCUUUGACGCGAUUGCCGAGCUGGUGGUGACGAUGACGGAGAAGUACACCGAGUACCAAGCUUCCCACGACCAAUCUCCUCUGGACGACCUCAAGCACGACGUUAUGAUCUACGGUCUCUGCUACAUCGGUGGAGCGAUCGUUGUGUUCCUCAAACAUCGGCUGAAAAAGAACGCCACGGGAGCGCUCACUGCCGAUCUGUCGACAAACGCCACGAAAGUUGCUCUGAUCUCGGGUGACUCGCAGGGACGCGUCGUCCAAGUUUUAUUCACGUUCGUCGCUGCGCUGGUGAUCUCGUUCGCUCUCGGUAGUUGGCUCUUGACGCUGGUGAUGCUGGUGGUGUUCCCCUUCCUGAUCAUGGGUCAAGCCGCGCGUGGAAAGCACAUGAAGACUGCCGAAGCUUUGAGCAACAUCCGCACGGUGGCAUCUCUCGGUCUCGAGAAAUCGCUAUCGGGACUGUUUUCAGACCUUCUUCAGGAGCCGCUGACUCGCGGUCGUCGGGAGGCUCAUGUCAACGGCUUCGCUCUGGGCUUUGGGUCUUUCAUUCUCUUCGCAGCGUGUGCGCUCGCGUUCUGGUUCGGUGGUAAACUCGUAGACGACGGCGAUAUCACGUUCAAGGAACUCAUGCGGACACUCAUGGCCAUCAUGAUGGCGUCGCAGGGCAUCGGCAACGCGACCUCCUUCAUGGGAGAAUCCGACAACGCGUUGAAGGCGGGCAAGGCGAUUGUGGACCUUCGAGACCGGGAGCCUCCGAUUGACUCCUUCCAGGAAGGAGGCCGCCGUCUGGAUCAACUACAAGGGAAGAUUGAGUUCAAGAACAUCCUCUUCCGCUACCCGACGCGACCGGAAGUCACCGUGCUGCGUAACUACAACCUGACCAUCGAGGCUGGACAAACUGUGGCCUUUUGCGGACCUAGUGGAGGUGGUAAGAGUACGGGUGUGUCUCUUAUUGAGCGCUUCUACGACCCCGUCGAGGGCCAAGUGCUGCUCGAUGGCGUCGACACCAAAGAGCUCAACCUCAACUGGCUGCGCAGCCAGAUCGGACUCGUCGGACAGGAGCCCACGCUCUUCAUCGGCACCAUCGCCGAGAACAUCGCCUACGGACUCGCGGACAAACCCACGCAGCAGGACAUCGAAGAAGCCGCCAAGAUGGCCAACGCGCACGGCUUCAUCACCAAGUUCCCGGACGGCUACGAGACGCAGGUGGGCAUGAAGGGUGAGCAGUUGUCUGGCGGCCAGAAGCAGCGCAUCGCCAUUGCGCGCGCGAUCCUGAAGAACCCCAACAUCUUGCUGCUGGACGAGGCCACGAGCGCUUUGGACUCGGAGAGCGAGAAGGUGGUGCAGGAGGCUCUGGACAAGGUGGUGGCGCUGAAGCGGCGCACGACGAUCAUCAUCGCGCAUCGGUUGUCGACGAUCCGCAAGGCGGACAAGAUCUAUGUGGUGAGUGGAGGCAAGAUCGCGGAGCAGGGCACGCACCAGGAGCUGAUUAACUUGAAGGGUAUCUACGAGAGACUUGUCGAGAAGGCGUCGUAG